AGAGCGUCCUCGUCGUUGCUAGAGGUAUAGCAUCGCAUCGGAUGAUGUAAGGUUGUGCAGCUGAGCAGAAGUGUGGGAAAGUGUUGUGCAUUGAGCCAUUCGAGUUGUAGCUGAGUGAGCCCAAUGGCCAGCAUGGGGAUGUUUCUGGUCUUGCUCGGUGUGUUCUCGUUGGUAGGCGCAGUCCACGGUAGUCGUGUUUCUCAAGAUGACUCCAACAACUGGAGCUACUCUGGGGAUAGUUUUGCUCUCUCGAGUGAAGGGAGUGUUGUGACCACAUCGGGGAGUGGGUUUGACAUGGUGGAAACACCGGAUGAUCAGUCAAAUGUCGGGCAGUUCAAUGAGAACUCGUUCGCCCAAAGAAUACAUGAUAAUUCUCAUCAGUUUGAAGCUAACACUUUCCCCGAUGAUGAUCAAGUUAUUGGAGCCCAGGGAGACCCAUCAGCGAGCUAUGACUCUCUAUCCUCUCACGAGCUGUUGGAUUCUCCAAAUGAUGAGGGAGGCAAACUUGUUGGAGAAGAUGAUAACCUCUCCUUCGCUAACACCGAUUUCUCCCCUCUGGACACAUUCGACUCAUCCACAGACUCUUACGCAGCGUCUUCUGAGGGAGGUAAGCUAGUCUCGACAACCUUCACCCUGGAUCCUCCAACCGGCAGUGGCUCGUCCUUCGAUUACAGCAAGCUAGACAACGUCAACGAUCCCUCAGCCCGUGAGGGUGUUUCAUAUGCGCUCGGUAAUUCUGAGGAGAGGAAUCCUGCCCCAACCGGAGGCAAUGCCGAGUAUGUGUAUGAUGCCCGCGCCGGAGGUCAGGGUAACGGGGAUCAGGCAGCUGAAUCUUUCAGCACUGUAGGUGUCGAUCCGAACGCAACGGAAUCCACGACAUCUGCGAAGGGCCACGAAGGACCAUCCUCAGUGUAUACUCCCUCUAGCGAUACCGAGCCUUUUAACUUCCACGACCCCCGUACCCCGGAGGAGCAGAGGGUGAGCUCCGUUGUAGACAAUUCUCCAGACACUUCCGCCUCAUUUGCGGCCUCCACCGACACGACCACGGCUUCAACCUCUCCUUUGUUCGCCACCAGCAAUCCUACGAAGGGAACCCACGGGUGUCCUAGCUCGUACUGGGUAGAUCAUCGCGAAAAAUGGCCGCGUGAGAUCACUGUGUCUACACUUUUCAAGGAUGUAUGCGGCGACGGGGAAAACGCGAAGUUGAAGAUUGUGGAGAUAGUCUUUGGAACUACCAAGUUCUACCAAGCGCUUUUGGAUACAAGAGCUGCGCCAUACAGCCAACUCCUCCGCCAGACCGCUGGCGCUGUGUUGAAUUCUCUCACCAAACCUGCGUUCCCCAUUCGCGUUGAAGAGGUAUGCAAGCAGUUCAAAGCAGCCUUGUUGGCGGGAAAAUCCACAUCUAAAGCUCAAGCGCAGAAAUUCGAGAACGAGAACAAAGCUUACGGGCCCAAUGAGUGUGCUUAGUGUGUUCAGCAUACACGAGAAAAAGCAAUUCAUUCGUGUCCAUAGCUAGAUAAGAAUUUGUUUUGUACUAUCAGUGACGAUGGUGUAGCAGUGAAAGGUACCUUCGUCCGAUUGGACGAGUUCUGGAUUUCACCAGGAUGCAGGUUGAUGGGCCGCACGGGUGAUAUUGCUCACGCUCGUCCAUGGAGAUUUUUAUGGAGUGUAAUGCUCGUUCAAGUAAUUAGUCAAUAUCUAAUCUGAACAACAGCCUUUAUAUCUAUUUGGAAAUUACUGGACAUCUAAUCCGCAGUAUGUGAGCGCCCUCUUUACAACAAAUAAUUGUCCUACUUUAGGUAGUGAAAUAAAUCAAUCGAUUAUGUUGUAACUUAUACUUCAA